AUGAGAGCAGGCAGCACGGAUCUUCGGCAACGGCUGGAGCAGCGCAAGAAGGAACAGUUCGAGAAGUUCACACGGGCACUGUCAGAGGUUAGUCCAACAGAUUUCAUGCAGGAAGAUGCUUUGAAGGCUGGCGGCAUUUGUUUGGACCUUCAGCUUUCGGGUGCCAUACCUCCAAUUACGGAAUCGAGAAGGGUUGACUCUGCCGGUGUCGCAGCGAUAGCCUUGAGCGAGCGACGAGCCGCUGAGGAGUUGAUUGCCAAGGCUCGCCAAGAGUCCUUGCGUGCAAAUCAGGCAAUGGUCGGUCAAGCUCGAAAGUCCCGUGGCCGUGCCCUGCCUUCACGUUUGCGCUUGCGCCCCGUCUCGAUGCAGAGCACACGCACGAACUCGCCGAUGCCCCAAGCUCCAAGCCCCCUGUCGGCCAGCACCUCUGACUGGGCCUCAGCAAUUUCGCCAGAGACUCCCAAGCCGGGCUCUGCCGACUCCGGCUGGACGGACUCUCCUGUUUCCAUGGGCAAAGUCUUCGAGGAGAUGUUGGCGAACUACUACCGCCAGGCAGAAGAACUCCGAGAUGUGGAGUAUGCUGCCAUUCAGCAAGCCCGUCGGCAAGAAACCGAACUGGCCCAGCAAGAGCACGUCCGAAGAGAACACUUCGAAAUGCAGCAUCGCAGACGUGAGUUUGCCAUCAUUCACGAGCUCCACAGGCGCGAACGGCGCCGGGUGUUCGAUGCAUCUCGCACUGUACUUGUAGUGGACCGCCUACAAGAGGAGAGGAUCAAGGCCCAGCUGGAGCAGCAACGCCGAAGGGAGGCCGCACGCCAGCAGCGUGCUCAGAGCAGCGCGCGACGCGCCAAGUAUGAGUCCCACUUCGAUUUCAUUCUCUCCCAGGGCGCCUUAGAACGUGCGUGCUCCAAAGUGGACAGAGAGAAGCACCGCAGGGAUCGAACUGUCCAAACGAAAAAGACGGUCGACAGCCGCAAGGACAGGUGGGUAAAGCACGCAGGUCAUUUGCGUGCUAGGCAUUUGCUUCUACAGGAGCAGAAGCGGGUGCGUGAUGAAGACCGCGAACGUCAACACAAGUACUACGUAUCGCGACAGGAUGCCAUUAGAGAACAAGACUUUCUGGACAAGCAAUGGAAUGUUCAGAUGCACCAUUUAUGUACCAAUGCCGUCCGUGACAUCAAUGCGAUGAAGCAGAAGGACACGAGCGUGUACAGCCACAUGAGCGAAAAGCAGGUCAACUGGUCUACUUCUAUUUCAACCCCGAGUGUACCUAGUAUGGUUGUCGACGACUUGAGCAACUACCAGGAGGCCUUGCAAGCGAUUUCAUCACUGACAGAUGAAGUCCGUGCACAAUUCCCGCUGCACAGACCUUACGUAGGAGAAACUGAAGACGGGCCUGACGAGACCGAAGUUGUCGAAGUUGCUGUGAGCCCUUGA